CACCCCUCAUCCAUCCACCCAUUCAACCCCCCUCUUAUCAUCUAUCUAUCAGAUAACCAUAACCAUACCCAUCUCCACAUCAACCACCACAAACCCCUCCCCAAAUUAUAAAAAAGCCAUGCCCCCCACCCCCGAGAAAAGCAAAGAAACCCUAGAAGCCAAAUCGGCCUUCAGCGCGACGCUGCUCAACAUCGGCAGCACACAUGCCAGCCCGCUCGUGGAGCGCGCACACACCAUCACAGAGAAUGCCGCGGCGCUGGACAAGCAGCAAGCAGAGCUAGAAGCACAUACGGCUGCGCUGGCGAAGCAGAAUGAGAGCUGGGAUAAGUUGGCGGGGGAGGCACGGGACGGGUUGAAGGAGAUCGGGGACGUGCAGAAUUGGGCCGAAAUGGUGGAGAGGGAUUUGUUGGUGUUGGAGGAGAUGAUGGGGAAUGGAGUUGGGAAGGGGAAGGGGAGUGCUAAUACUAGUACUAUUGAUGGAGGAAGUGGUGAUGAUGAUGAUAAUGUUGUUGAUGAUGGAGGUACUACUAAUGGUAGUAGUGGAAGCGGGAGUAAGACAGGAUCAUCAUCGUGGUUUAAGUGGUGGUAGGAGGGGACUCAUUCAUAUUGUAUACGGCAGAUAUUGACUUGGUAAUUACUGGAAAAAAAGGAAAAAAACUUCUUCAUUGCACGCCGAAUACUUUAUAC